UUUAAACUCACAACGAAAUCUACGGUGACGAUGAGGCCUGUGAGAAUUUUUCUGUGACGGCCGCACCCAAAUCACUCAACUGGCAACGGCAAACUGAGAAAGCCCUUUGAAUCGAAAUUUCUCGCAGAAUCUUCGAAUUACUUGCGCAAGACGGAAAACCGCUUAGAAAAUUGCUACUGCCAUUGUUGUUGAAUUGAGCGAGAGAGAGAGAGAGAGAGAGAGAGAGAGAGAGAGAAGAGAGAGAGAGAGAGAGAGAGAGAGAGAGAGAGAGGCAGAAGAGAGAGAGAGAGAGAGAGAGAGAGAGAGAGAGAGGCAGAGUUGAACGUGGAGGUGCGUAAAAAUGGUGCUGUGGGAGAUCACAUUGGGUACAGCGUAUUUUUUGGGUCUGAAACGAACAUACAGACUUGCUCUCAAGAUUCAGCGGAAGCUCAUCAGCCCCAGACAUCCAAAGAUUCGUCAAUUUGUUCAAAGGCGAACACGAAAUGUAUUCGAUGUCGCACUCAAAGUUCAUCUCAAGAUACAAGAAAGGGACAUUGAAGUUGGUCGGAACCUUGGCAACUGGAUUCUUCGAUGGCUUGACAGAAUGAAGCCUGAAGCUCAGAUCAGAGGACCGCCUCACGGCCCUCACCCAGGCACUAAUGCAAACACCAAUGUCCCAAAGCAGACGAACAACUCAUCAGACCGGAACAAUCGUGGAGGCUUCCUGAAAUACAGUGCAAAAAGUAUGGAUAGGGAGUCAGAUAGACAUAUGUUUACUGCUGCACGAAAUGUCUGGCCUAAACCCUUUCCCACCAUUGCCACAAUGAUGAGGCCAACAAGGCCAGCUGGACAAAAUAUCCAGUAUAGGCAAUACGGCGCUGGUGCCUCUGAGCUUCUUACUCUGAAAUAUGGUAAAUUUGGUUUUGGGGAAGUGACUAGGUACGACAUAAGGCAAUGGAUUCUGCAGCACUAAUCCAGUAACUUCUUUUUGGCUUUUAAUUUCAACCAGACAGCCGCAAAGACCAAAGUCCUGAAACUUUGAGUUUGAAGUAAGAACUGGACAUGGAAAAUUGUGCAGUACCUGGGAAAGUUAGGACUGGAAACAGUCCCUGUUUUCUUUACCCUCCAGAAAUUCUCAUUCUCUUUCUUGAAGGUAUAGAUUUCUUCAGCCAGUGUUGUUUUGAUCAAACUCCUUACCAAAGUGGUGAAUCAUUUAGUGUCGCAGCUUGGUGUUGCUUCGUUCUUGGCCAUGUUACUGGCACUGUCUUUUCAGUUAAAAAAGUUUGUACAUUUCAGAUCUAGUGAAAAUUGGAUAUGCUGAAAUAUAUUUCUUUUUUACUGGGGUGCUGCA